CUCAGCUGUUUGAUGUACUGUCGGUUGGGUCACUAGAAAGCAAACAGGUGUUGUUUGAUUUGUGUUCGAGGGAACUGCAGGGACAGACGGACGCAGUAAAAUCCUGCCAUUGUUGAACCAAAAAGGAGACCCAACAGAAGAAGGAUAAAACAUUUCUUAUUGUGUUGUUAAGAUUCAAUAAUGGAGACCUAAACACCUACAAAGGGGAUGUCUGCAAUGGGGGGAGGGGUUUGAGAGCACAAUCCCCUGGUCUGUGUUUGAGUUUGUGUGCGAGUGUGUGAGACAUUUAAUUAAUUUAUUAUGUUCGUACAGGCAAUCACAAACCUCAUGUUUGAGGUAUUGGCUGUAUCAGACAUGUGUUUGCUUAAUUUACAAGAUAAAAAGUUGUGUACAGAUCCUGGGUGAUCUGACAAACUGUUUUAUUUGAAUUAUUUGAUUAUGUUGUUUCAUAACGUUAAAAAGGUAACUCUUGUUUUACUUCAGGGGACGUGUUUUAUUGAUAAUACAUGCAGAGGUGCUGCAACUCUAGAGAUAUUGACGUUUCAGUCAGAGGCAGUACUUCACAAGGUUAAACACAAGCAGGUGUAGGAGAUGAGUGAUGUUCAAGGAAGAUGGAUCACAAAUCAAUACACACCUCAUGCAGUGUGCCUCACAUACAGCGUGAUCAUGUAGGUUGCAGGAAUGGUAGUUUCUGUUUCUUCUUCACUCUUUAAGUUUUGCUUUUAACCAGGUCUUACUUUCCUUUUGACUUAACCUUACGUCCGCCCCCUCCUCCUGCCCUGUCCCCUGAUCUGCUUUUCUGUUCUUGGUCUCAGUGUGAGUGAGUGUGUCUUUAUAAAAGCCAGACCUUGGGUUUUCUCAAACCCCUCUCCCUUUGAAGGACAUCUCUUUCCUUUAAAUUGCUCAAUACAAAAAUGGAAACUCUUGUUCAACUCAAAAAUAACCCUUUUUUGAUGGGGUUGUGUCGGAAUGGCCCCCCGCCUGACCUACAGUAUGACAACACCUCAGAGCUCUUCCGCAUCUCUACCUUUGCUCGAUUCCCUGCUUCAGGGGUCACAGAGCGAAGUCUGGCGAGGGCAGGUUGGUUCUACACGGGCGUGGGCGACCGCGUUCAGUGUUUCAGGUGUAACGUGACGGCAGAGGGCUGGCAGGCUGGAGACUGUCCUACAGAGAAACACAGACAGCUGUCUCCUUCCUGCUCCUUCAUCCAGAGCCUCCCUUCUACAUCCAACCUGCUCUCGUCUUCCCACUCCGCCUUCUCACCGCUCCGCAUUGCCCCCGCCAUACCGAUUUCUGCUCCUGGCCCCACUGCUGCUAACCUAACAGCAGGCCAAGGUGAAGAGCCAGUCGGCUACCUGAACAUGGGCUUCACUGCUCCACCACCCUCCAGCCCACUUAGCUCUCGAGGUGUAGAGGACAUGUCCCACCAGAGGCCGACGUGCCACAACCCCAGCAUGCGCAGAGAGCAGGACCGCCUGGACUCCUUCCAACCCUGGACGCUGUCCAUCAUAACUCCUGCUGAGCUCGCAAAAGCCGGCUUCUACUACCUGGGCCAGGGAGACCGAGUGGCCUGCUUCAGCUGUGGAGGACAGCUGAGUAACUGGGAGCCAGGAGACCGAGCCGUGUCCGAACACCAGAGGCAUUAUCCAAACUGUCGCUUCGUGCGUGGGGACAGAGCCGACAACGUGUCACUGGCCGGAGCUGCGGCAGCUGCAUUGGGUUUAGCAACUUCUCAACUGCCUGCAGGAGCUCCAACCCUGAGCAACGUCUCUAACCCGGCCAUGCAGCAGAGCGAAGAGAGGCUGCUCACUUUUGUCAACUGGCCCUCACGUAUCCCCGUCCGGCCUGACCAGCUGUCGAAAGCCGGCUUCUACUAUGUAGGUCGUAAUGAUGAUGUCAAGUGUUUCUGCUGUGAUGGGGGCCUGCGCUGCUGGGAGUCUGGUGAUGAUCCCUGGGUUGAACAUGCCAAAUGGUUUCCUCGAUGUGAGUAUUUACUCCAGGAAAAGGGACAAGAGUUUGUUCACCAGAUCCAGGCUCGCUUCCCUCGUCUGUUUGAGCAGCUUCUAACAAAUGGAGACAGCAGCUCCAGAGAGUUUGUGGAUCCACCUGUGGUUCACCUUGCUCCAGGAGAGGAGCGGUCUGAGGACGCCGUAAUGAUGAACACCCCUGUGAUCAAGUCAGCUUUAGAGAUGGGCUUUGAACGAAGCUUAGUCAAGCAAACAGUCCAGAGUAAGAUCCUGACCAGCGGAGAGAACUACAGAACAGUCCAGGAGCUGGUCUCAGAUCUGCUGAGUGCAGAAGACCAGAAGAGAGAGGAAGAGCGAGAGAUGCUGGCAGAGGCCAUGGCAUCAGAUGGCUUCACAUUUGUGAAGAGACACCAGGCAGCGCUGAUCCAACGUCUGAAGAGUGUGGAGCCAGUGUUGGAGCAUUUAAGGGAGCAGAAUGUUUUGUCUCCAGAGGAGUACAGCGGUCUUAAAGCUCAGACGUCGGCGCAGCAGCAGACGGCCAGGUUGAUCGAGCUCGUCCUCACCAAGGGAAACGCUGCAGCUGAGGUGUUCCGCAACUGGAUCCAGAAAAACGACGUCCAUCUUCUCAGAGAUCUCAUGGCCCAAUCAAAUGAAGCUGCAUCACCAAGCCAAGAUCUUUCAGAUCUCCCCAUGGAGGAGCAACUGAGGCGCCUGCAGGAGGAGCGUACCUGCAAGGUGUGUAUGGACAAAGAAGUCAACAUCGUCUUCAUCCCAUGCGGACACCUGGUGGUGUGUAAAGAGUGUGCACCCUCACUGAGAAAGUGCCCAAUCUGCAGAGGGCUGGUUAAAGGCACGGUCCGAACCUUCCUCUCAUAAAGAUGGGAGGUUACCAUCUGUGUUAACGCCACUCUCAUGUUUCACAAUGAAUGUAGGCAGUGUGAGAAAUGAUAUCUGCUUCAUAGAGAAGGAAGGUUGUUGUGCAUCAUUUUUUCAGUUGCCUAAGAGACUUUGAAAAUGUUGCCAAGGUUCUACAUGAUUGUUGUAGGUAAACAAAGCGCCAACAUUACUUCUUGAUAGAGAUAAUAUAUAACAAAUGUUAGAACAACUGGUUUAAAGCUUCCUUGUUAACACUUUGUAAUCUGAUUUUUAGUGCAUAAGCUAACUUUAUACUCUUUGCAUUACAUUAUCAGGUAUACUAUAAAUGCUGACAGUGUAUGAAAUAUUAAAAAAUUCACAAUGAUCAAUAUUCAAUGUGUUGUGAAGUUACGCAUUGCAUAAAUUAUAAAAACUGGUGCAAUAAACAGUCCAGAAUAAUUA